AUGUUACCUCGCUCUGAGGAUGUCCGUCAUAUGACGGACGAAAGCUUAGCACGUGUUCACCUGAAUCGAAGGCGAUUACCUCGGAAACAGCGUGAGCAUGAAUCUUCCUGUAAAAUAGCUGGUCAAGAGGAAUUCGCCGUCGUCUUCUGGUGGAACCGACCUUCGCCUUCACCCAACACUUCUACUCGAAAUGGAAUAAAGCCAGCUGUAGCUGGCCAAAAGUAA